AUGUCGGCCAACAGGAAGGAACACCGUUCCAGCCGGAACGUCUCUUUUGAACCCAGCGUGUCAGUCAGAGGUCACCGUCAGCAGGCGAGCGAUUCGGGCGUUGGCUCUGACCAAGAUAGCUACGGCGCAAGCCCUGAUCGCUCUGCGCAGGCCGCCUACUUCGAAUUACACAAAGACCAUAUCGCCUUGAAGGAUGAGCAUGCGAAACUCAAGGAGGAAUACCGCGAACUCAAUGCCCGCCUUCGUGCCUUGCAGAACAGUGUCGAAGUUCUCGAGGACACCAACAAGAAACUGAUGCGCGAGAAGCGCACGCUCAAAGACGAGAACGAGAAACUCCGUGAGGAUCGCAAGGCCCGCUCCCAGCCCAAGGAGCGCGAAGCCAAAAUGUCGGGUGCCUUACCCACUCAACCCCCGUCACCAAAGGAAAAGCCGCCCCGCCGUAGCGAGAGCAAGCGUCGUAGCGAGAGCAAGGUUCGCAGUUCAAGAAAGACCGAAGAUAAGGAGCACGAGAAGCGCUGUGAGGAAGACAAGAAACGCCUCAAGAGCCGUUUCGAUCACAAGGACAAGGAUGACAAAAGUGUCUCCUCCAGUGGCAGCUCGUCUCGUAGCCAGCGCGAAAGCUACGUCGAGCCUUACGGCCCCUCUGCUCCCCGAUCCAACGCCUCCGUCGCGGAGCGCCCCCGUACGAAGCGUUCCGACUCUGUCUACUCGCACCAGAUAAGACCCCAGGUUUACACGACUACAACCAUCUCCGAGCCCGUAUACUCGGAUCUUCCUCGAUCCGAAUAUGAGAGCCCCUUCGACGAGGACGAACAAUACCUCGGCGAGGACGGCAAUUACCACGCUUACCCAUUGGAUCCCGACGCUUCCUCCCGCGGAAGGUCGCGAUGGUAA